UAAACCUCUCGUUUUUAAAAUUCUAACCUUAUUUUCGUUUAUAUUUUCAUCACUGAUUCUAGCAACAAAGUUCCUUUAAAGACAUCUACUUACCUGCCACACACCCUUCCUACAAGAGGAUCAUUAGAAUUCUGGAAAAUCUGGUGCGCAGCAAUCGCAAUGUUUUCAAAAUGAAGGAUCAAAAAUGGAAAGUUGCCAUUAUCAGUUCUGAGGAUUCUAAUGCCUUUGUUCUUCCGACAGGCCAUGUCUAUGUCCAUGAAGGACUCUUGAACAUGGUGGCUAAUGAUGACCAACUUGCUGUUAUUCUGGCUCAUGAAUUGGCCCAUGUUGUUCUGGGACAUUCAGCAGAGAAAGUGAGUUAUGCUCAGAUCACUGAUAUCUUUGUCAUUAUUGCAAUGGCAGCGAUUUGGACAUUCUUACCAUUUGAUGGCAUCGCUCUUGUGACACAGGCAUUUUACGAGAAAGUGGUUCAGAUUCUCCUUGAUUUACCUUACAGUAGGAAAUUAGAGACUGAAGCUGAUAUUGUUGGCAUCAAAUUGGCUGCAAAGGCCUGUUACGAUAUCAGGGAAGGAAGCAAUUUCUGGAAGCAGAUGGAAAUAAACGACAAGCUGAAUCAAGUGACCUCGCCCCAAUGGUUGUCGACUCAUCCCCUCCAUUUGCAGCGUGGUCAGCUGAUUGACCACUUGGUCCCAAAGGCUAUAGCAGUGCGUGACCAAUGUGGAUGCCCACCUUUGUCCAGCGUCGAUCCAAGAGAGAAGUUUAAGAAGUUUGAGGAAGCAAUGGAAAAUAUUAUAAGAAGCCAACAAGCUGGACAGAAUUUGAAACAAAUCAAUGUUCUGAUGUAGAUGCAACAAUUUUUUACAAUUUUUACAAUAAAAUAUAUUUUUAUGAAAUUUUA